AGUUCUUAACUCAAAAUACUGUCAGGUCAUAAGGCAUGUUAAAUCCCUGAGGUCCCCCAUGCAUCCUUUGUCACUGAGACCACUCAAAAGGAAGGAAAAAAAAAAACUAGCCUUCUUGUUUAUUCUGUGAAUUUGUAAAAGAAAAGGACAGUGAAAAAAAUAUAAUUCAUUUUAAAGAAGUGCAUGUUAGGGCAGAAGAGUUGGCUUCAAUGUUGGUCCCCUGCGACAUGAGCUGCUGUCUACUGUGCCCUUGUGCAUGUCUCAAACGUGUCACGUCUUUUUCUCUUGAUUUCCUUCUGCAGUGGAUUCUUCUUUGAUGUUCUUUUGAGGGUCAUUCAAUGAUAAGUGCCCUAGUACAUUCUAUCCCCUUCGAUUCCUAUUACAUCACCAGUAAAUAAAUCAAUGCGAAUCUCUUUAUAAAGUAGCUACUUCCAGAAGGAAGAAGAUAAAACUGGAACUAAUCUUUGGAACCUCAACAAGCUCUCUGUGUUUGUUUAUAUGUGUCCAAACAAUCCCUAUGUCCCUCCACGUUUAAGACCCUGCAUCCUUCCGCAAAGACACACCAGCGAGGUCAGGUUCCCACAUUAAGGGCCACGUCAACCCUAACCGUUUUUUUACCAACAUUAACAAAACCCCACAAGCCCUUCUCUUUUUGAGAUUACUCUGAAGAGAGCGCUUUUUUGGAUUUGAAUAAAAGCUCAGAUUUUGAGUGGUCUUGAUGAUGGCUGUUGGAAGGGAUAGUAAAGAUUUAAUAGGUCCACUUUUAGCAGUGAACCUGGUAUUUUAUCUCCUUGUGCUUGGGCUAGCAGGUUGGUCAGUUGACAAAUACAUCAAUGGCGAACAGAAUCACCCACAUUUGGGUGGCAAUCCAGCAACAAGCUUCAUGUUGAUAUAUGCACUGAUAGGUGGGGUAAUUGGUGCUUGUUCAAUACUUGUUGGAUUUGUCCAUCUUCGUGCAUGGAGAAAUGAUAGUUUAGCAAGUGCAAGUGCCACGGCUAUCAUUUCAUGGGCUAUUACUGCCCUUGCUUUUGGAUUUGAAUGCAAGCAAAUCUUAUUAGGAGGGCACAGAGGAAAAAGAUUGAAAACUUUGGAAGCACUGAUUAUAAUAUCACUCCUAAGUCAGUUCCUGUAUGUGGUGCUUCUCCACGCUGGUUUUUUCAGGAGCAGAUACGGACCUGGUUACCAUAAUUAUGGCAGUGAUUCUGUCGGCGACAUCCCCGUGGGCAAUGAGCCACAUAUGUCUAGCACCUGAGAAUGAAAGUUCUGGCAUGUUUCUGUUUAUGUGUAUCAAACUUGCAGAACCUACGUUUCUUUACUACUACAUGCUUGUGCUGAGCCAUGUCCAAGACAUUCAAUUAUAGUGUCAGAAGGAAAUACAAUCAAGAAGCUGAUAUAGUAUAGUUGCUCAAAUAAUACAAGAAUUUUUUUCUGCCAAUUG